CCUUUGCUCCGCAUCACUUCUCUGAUUAAAACCCCCAACUAUCUAUUUGGCGGGAAGAAAGAACAAGUCCUGAAAUUGGAAGUUGAGAGAGAUGAGUUCGCCAUCAAUGGACGCUACAAUACCAGAUUUGGUGUGCCAACUCGACACCGUUCAAGGCUUUGUUGAUGCUCUCACCUCGGUUCGCUGGAAACGCCACCAGGAUGCGGUUGUGGAGUUAUCGGAACACGGCGUCGUUCUGAUUGUAGAAGACACUGGUUGUCUCCAAGCCAAAGUCUAUCUCCAAAAAGAGUUAUUUGUGAAUUAUGAGUAUACUGCUGAAGCACGGCCUCGAUUUGGGGUGAGCUUGGGGCUAUUAGUCGAUUCUUUGAAUACGUUCUCGGUUCCGGGACACUCGAGCUUGAUUGAGCUUCGGUAUCCAGGCCCUGAUAUGCAGCUUCUACUCAAGUCUAUUGAUUCACUGGAUGCAUGCAUUUAUGCGGAAAUCCGAACAAGAAUCCCAGAUACUAUUUCGUCGGAUUUCAAUUUUGAACCCGCAGGAACCACCCCUUUAAGCUUCACAGUGAAGUCUGCAGCUCUGAAAGAAGCCAUUGAUGAUCUAGAAUGGCCUGGGUCAAGUAUUAAAAUAACUGUACAACCAACACCUCCUUCUGUUACCUUCAGAGGUGAAGGCCAUGGUGAUCUACAGAUAGACUUCAUGUAUUACGCGAACACUGACCUUUUGGCUGCUUUUAGCUGUGACCGGGAAGUGUCUCAUCGGUACAAGUAUAAAUUUCUACGCGCAACAACUUCAAGCAUACCGAGCAGUGUAGUAAAAGAUAACCGUGGAAGCAAGGUUACUGUAGGAAGAGGAGGGAUAUUAAAAGUUCAACAUCUGGUUUCUGUUGCAAGACCAGCACACUCACACAUUGAUUCUGCAGGUUAUCAGCCACCUAGCAGGAUAGCUUACAUAGAGUUCUUUGUCAAGCCAGAAGAAGUUGAUGACGAUUGAGUUUCUAGAUGGAACUCCAUAUUCCCCUUUGUGAUCAAGUAUUUGGGGAAGUGGAGUACCUUCCCAUGUUGAUGAUUCUUGAGAAGAAAGCUUAAAAUGAACUAAUUGGUCUUCUCCACUUCGUUGUUCAGAUAUCCAUACCGGACUCGAGUAUGUGUCUAAAUGUGCGACACAACUAUUUUCUUGAAAAAUUGCAGUAUUUAGUGUCCAAGUGUCGAGAAUCUGAUGCGGGUAUUUAAGAGAUAAUAAAGUUGUAUAUAUAUGGCCGUUAAACAAAAAAAAGUAUACAUGCAAAUGAAAGGUUGUCAUGACAAAAGUGGUUCAAUGAUUUUGUUUUAAACAAGUUUAAUUACAGUUAAAACUAGGUCUUUUAGGAGUUCAGUUUUUUGUGGCAGAAAC